AUGUGGGCAGCCCAACACGCCUCCGUGCCACCGCGCACCAGCGCCAAAAACCUCGACCUAAGCACCCUCACCCAAAAGUCCAACACACCAGAAGAACCAACAACAUACCCACAGCCCACAGAAAUGUGGCUCGGCAAACACCAGCGUUCCAUACCCUCCCAGUCGUCGGAUCAGUACCAAUACUCCGUCCCUUCCCUCUCUCCCAGGUCCUCAAUCUCGCACCAGCAAGAAGACGACGAAGUAUCAAGUCAAGCUUCUGGAUCAACCUCUUUUUCAGCAACACACUACCCGUCGCAACGCCAAGGUGUGGACAGGGUACAUGUCCACAUCCUCGCCGCGGAGAGAUAUGAGCCGUCUCUGAUAGAUGGCGUGGAGGUUGAAGUUGAAGAGGCAGACCUCAAAUCGCCGUUCAUCAAUGGCCUUGACGAUGAGCCUGGUCCCGGCGUUCAUGAUUCCUUGAUCUCUUUCCACACCCAGGAACUCAAUUAUAUCGAUCAGCGCAGAAAUGUAGGAAUGCUGGAUAGUCCGCCUUUAACAGCCAGACCCGGCAGCGCAAUCCAACCCAACGAUAACAGCGAGAACGACCACGACCACACCUCAUCAUCAUUACCAUCAUCUUCUUCUUCUGCUAUCUCACAGAUUGAACCCACAGGCCCAUUAUCAAACCAACUGCACAACCUCUUCUCCCAAAUCACCCUCCUCGAAUCCUCAACCCCCACAGUCAUGGCAGCAGACCACGCCGCCCUGCAGCAACACAUUACCACCCUCGAGCUCGAAAAAUCAUCCCUCCUCUCCAAACGCGAAGCCCUCUAUUCCCUUCGAGACGAAGACGUCUCAAACCUCAUCAAGAUCCGCGGCCUACUAUGCGAAGAACGCCGCGCCCACGAAGCGCUCCGCAAACUUCGCGAUGAGGAUUUACAAAAUGUCCUUGAACUCCGCAACAAACUUGCGCAGGCGACGUGGGCGAAUCAGAGCCGUUUGGUCUCGUCCCCUCCUUCUGCCGUCAGCACAAUAGGAUCCAUCAGUUACCGAAGAAUGGAAAAGGCGCAAUCACUGAGCUCGGCUCAGAGUAGUAACCAGGACCUGUGGCAAACGGCCAAAACGGCGGCACUGGAACAGCGGGUUCUGGAGCUGGAGUCUGCGAAUGCCGAUUUGCGGCAGAAGAUUGAGAAGAGUGGGAAUGAGAUAAUGCAUUCUUCUCCUUCUACUGCUGCUGCUGUUGCUUCAACCGUUGGGUAUGACCAGCAGCAACAACAACCGGGCGUCGCUGCGCUGGCUGAAUUGGGUCUGCGCGCGAUGCGGGAGCGUGAAAGCCACAGCGCGGAGAUUGAGGAUGUGAAGUGCGAGAAUUUGAGGUUAAAGCAGCAGGUCCAGAAGAUGAAGUAUCAACUAGAGACGUCGCAGGCUGUUAUUGAGUGUUUUUCGCAGAUGCUGAAAUCGCAUUGA